GCCGAGUAAUUUUCUAUGCUCUAAUUUCCAGUUCUCCUCCCCAACCCAAAUCGAAACACAGAGAGUUGGUGAGGCGACUAUUAAAGUGUAAAAGUAAAUUAGCGAGUCGAAAGUGGAGAACGCAGGAAAAAAGUGAUAAUAUUUCCCGGAAUUGGAUAAAAACUCCGAAGGAAUAAAUCGGGGAAGACAAACAGGAUGUCGGAUCCCUACGAGAAGGCAAAGGGGGGCCGUCUGACCUUCAAGGGAGGGGCUUUGGCCACUCGGAAAUCCAUUGACAAGAAGCAUAAGAAACACUCUAAGAAACUCAAGGACAAGGACGUCGAUAACCUCGACGGCUCCGACGCAUCUCAGCCGUCCGCCGAUGCACCAUCCGACGCUGGGGCCGCGGGGGAGACCUACACCAUCGAUGCAGCGAAACGCUUGAACUACGGCCAGCUCUUCCCCGUAGAGGCAAAGAAGUUCGGUUACGAUCCCAAGUCCACCUUGAAAACCGUCGAGGACGCCCUCGACGAUCGCGUUAAGAAAAAAGCCGACCGCUACUGUAAAUAAUUCCACCUCUCGCUUUCUAUUUUCUCUAUUUUCCCCCUUUUGGCUAUUAGGUUCUCUAGGCUUAUGUUAUAUCCGCAGUUGGAUGUUGUUAUAUCAAAGUAAUUUGAAAUUAGCAGUAA